AUGCGUAGGUCGAAACUUAUCGCGGUUUCUCGCGUGAGACUUAUUCAGCGUCAUCAAAAGAUGUCAUUGGUUGAUUUAGGGAAGAGACUCCUGGAGUCUGCAAAGAUUGGUGAUACAGAUGAUGUGCGAUCUCUGAUGGCAAAUGGAGCCCCCUUUACUACAGACUGGUUGGGAACAUCACCGUUACAUUUUGCUGCAAGAUUUGGACAUAUAAAAACAGCAGAGGUAUUGCUACGUGCUGGAAUAAGUCGGGAUGCAAGAACUAAAGUAGACAGAACUCCACUUCAUAUUGCCAGUCAGGAGGGUCACUCUGAUAUUGUGGAAUUACUUGUCAAACAAGGGGCUGAUAUUGAAGCUAAAGAUAUGCUGAAGAUGACACCUCUCCAAUGGUCUGUAGAAAAAGGACAUAUAAAUGUCAUGAAUACAUUACUGAGGCAUGGAGCGGAUACCACAUGUGAAAACAAGUUUGACCAAAAUGCCAUAGACAUUGCCACAUUUAAUGGUCGGCUUGAUAUUGUAUCAGUUCUGCAGCUAGCAAAGAAUGGUCAGUUUGCCCAGCUAGUUGAUUCUAAUCCUGAAAUGGUUGUUAAAACCACAAUGGAUGACAUAACAACAGAUCUUAGUCCAAGUACUGCAGCUAAUAACAGGUUAAAUUCAGGCACUGAUGAACAGAAUGAGGACAAUAGUAGUACAGCUGUUCUUGCUACAUUGGCAGCUCUUGCUGAAGCUACUGCACCACUAGGAACCUCAACAACAGUUGAUACCUCAUGGUUAGAAAAUCAGGCAACAGUAGUUACUACAGCAGAUAGUGAUUCUACUGCGGUUCCAUCAUCAGAUUCUGGACCAACUUUUACUCUUACUGAAGCAGGGAAACUUGCACUAAAUCAUGUUAAACACACAGGAGAAAAUAUAGGAGAGAAUAGUACACUACAGGUCACCGAUAUUAAUGGCCAAAAAGUCCUUCACCAGAUAAUACCAGGAGAAGUGAGCACUGAAAAUACAGAAAACGAUGUUACUGUAGAGACAUCUGUAGACUCCUCAAUGCCAUUGGUUGUUGCUAUGGCAUCAGAAGAUGAUGGCACACAGGAAUUCCAUGUUGCUAUUCAAGAAAGUGAUGAUGAACCUGGUGCAAAGCGGGCGCGAACCUCUAGUGAAUCUGAACCAGUAUUAGUCCAAAAUAGUGACCUUCAAAGUCAGGUAGAAGAUCUAAAGAACCAGUUAAAACAGAAACAAUUGGAGGCAGACACAUACAGAAGACAAUUGAGAAAAUCUAAAUGAAACAUGUUUAAUAGAAAUCCAGACGUCCAUCAAAAUAAUAUCAGAAUAUGUAAAACCAUGAAUUUAAAUCAUGGUUUACAUAGUAUGUACCCUCUCGUGUAGAGAAUCCACCCUGAGAUGUUUGAAUUGUAAGGAUUACAUGUAAUAUGGUGGGAAUUUCAAUGAAAAUCAUCAGUCAUGGUUCUUUCAGCAUAAAACUGUUCACGGGAGCUAUGUUACAUUACACGCUUGAUGAAGGUAGAACAAUACUGAUAUAUGCAGUUCAUCACUUCAGAAACUCAUUUUUAGUAAUUAAUACCGGUUCCUGGUAGCAAGUGAACAAAACAUUCGAGACAUGGAA